CUCUCACUGUUCAGUGAUCACUAAUCUGCACUCUCUCUACCCCCCAUCCCUCUCUUUCUCUCCUCCUCCUCUCCAACAAGGUUUCUUCCACUACAACCCAGACGAUGUGAUUAAUAACAGUUUCGGGGACAGGACUGUGGUAUCAGUGGGGGUAAAUGUUCCUUGGUGUCUGUGUCCCUCCAUUCUCCCUCAGCAGCAGCAGGCGAUCAACCAACUGUCCACCUGCUCUGCUGUUCCAGACAGCAUCCAGGUGAGCCUCAGACGGAAAGAUGGGAAAAGCACUCAAUGAUCUGAUGCAGUACUGGAGGCUUUACCUGUUGACAUUGGUAUUGGGAAUUGGGGGAUCAUUUCAAUAUGGGAUGCAAGUUUCCAUCAUGUCUUCCCCAGCAGAGCACAUACAGAGCUUUGUGAACCAGACCUGGCUGGGGAGGUAUGAGGUUCCAGUAGACGAUUCCACCAACAUGCUCAUCUGGUCUUUCAUCGUAUCUGUGUUUAGUCUAGGAGGAUGGGUCGGGGCUAUCCACAGUGGCAGUCUCCCUGUCACCUACGGCCGGAAGAAAGCCCUGCUGUUCAACAACAUAGUGGCACUUGUAGCCGCUCUACUGAUGAUAUUCAGUCUCAUGGCCAAGUCCUUUGAGAUGAUCCUGCUGGGCAGAUUUCUCUAUGGAUAUAAUGUUGGCAUGGGGCUGAGUGUGCACCUGAUGUACCUGGGCGAGAGUUCACCUAAGAAGCUGAGAGGAUUCCUGACCCUCACUAGCUCCAUCUUUAUUGGCUUGGGGAAGGUCAUGGGUCAGAUUGUUGGCAUCAAGGAGGUGAUGGGUACAGAUGACAUGUGGCCCUGGCUGAUGGCCCUUGGUGGCCUCCCUGCCAUCAUCCAGUUUGUGACCCUGCUCUUUUUCCCAGAAGCACCUCGCUACCUGUACAUCGACAAAGGCGACACAGAGGGCUCAAAAAAAGCCCUGCAGUGGCUGUGGCAGGAAGAUGACCUGAAGAUGGAGAUGGAUGACAUGGAGAAGGAGAGGGAGAGCAUGCAGGGCCAGAAGUCUAAGACAGUGUGGGACGUGCUGACUUCUCGCUGUGUCAGGUGGCAAGUGCUGGCUCUGGUCAUCCCCUGUGCCUGUGUUCAGUUUUGUGGUAUUAACGCAAUUUAUUUCUACGCUUUUGACAUCUUCCGUGAAUCUGGAGUAGCAGAGGACAAUAUGCACUACCUGUCCAUUGGCAUCGGAGCAACAGAACUCAUCUCCAUCAGUCUCUGUUCUCUGUUGAUAGACCGUGCGGGCAGGAAGAUGCUGAUGGGCUAUGGCUACCUGUUGAUGGGAGUCAUCAUGUCCAUCCUUGUUGUUAUGCUGUCCAUCAAGGACCUGUUUUCAUGGUUCCCUUAUGUUAACAUCGCCCUCAUCUUCUCUGUCAUCUGUGUUUAUGGACUAGGACCUUCCGGGGUGUCCAUGGCCCUCCCUGCAGAUCUCUUCCUGCAGGCUUGGAGACCGUCCGCUUACGUCAUCAGCGGCUCCGUCAACUGGCUAGGCCUGUUCCUCAUCGGGAUGUUCUUCCCCUACAUAGUGGAUGCUCUAGGCCAGUUCUGCUUCCUGGUCUUUGUGGCAUACUGCAUGUUUAGCUCAGCGUUCAUGCUCUGCUUCAUCCCAGAGACCAAAGGCAAGUGCAUGGUGGAGAUCAUGGAGGACUUUAACAAACUCAACUACAAGAAUAGGGAGACAGACACCGAAAAGGCUGACUUUGUUUUGGAAACAACAUUUUGAGAACAUUUGUAUAUACAGUAUACACUACCAUUCAAAAGUUUGGGGUCACUUAGAAAUGUCCUUGUUUCUGAAAGAAACAUUUUUUUUUUGUCCAUUAAAAUAACAU